GCGCCGCGGACUCGCUUUUGUCGCACUAGUGGCCCCUGCUGCCCUAAGGAGCGUCCAGGAAUACGAUUAUAAGACACGGCUGCUGCGUGAGCCCUGACACCCGCCCCGCGUGCGAAGAGGCUCGGUAGCCAUAAGCUAAGGAAGCUCGCCGCCGCCGCGACGCGCCGCGAGCCGCGCGCCAGGCGCCUGCGCAUUGCUCAGCACCAGACGCCGGAGACGCUAGACGACGAUGUACGGCGGAGGCUACGGCCGGCCCCCGCCCCAGCAGUACGGCUACGGCCAGCCCCAGUACGGAGCCCCACCACCCCAGUACAACUACCCACCGCAACAAUACGGGGCGCCGCCGCCCCCGCAAUACGGCCAGGGCGCCUACGGCUACGGAGUACAACCACCGAUCGCCCCCAAAGUACCAACAGGUAAGAUUGAGGAUGUGAAGUCGUUAUGGUUGGGCGAGGUGCAGCCGGACUGGACCGAGGAGUACGUGCGUUCCAUCUACGCCGAGUGCGGGAAAAGAUUUAACGUGAAACUUUUGAGGGACCGCGCGACGGGCCAAUCGCAAGGUUAUGGAUUUUUGGAGUUCGAGAGCCACAAAGACGCCGAGGAGGUCCUCAACCUCUACCGAGAUAAACCAAUACCAGGAACACCUUUUAAAUGCGCCUUGAAGUGGGGCGGCGGCCACGGCAACGCGCCGGCCAAGAACUCGGAGUGGCGGGCCCAUACGCCUGCUGGGUACUCUGGUCCUCCAGUACAAACUGAUUUCAGCAUUUUUGUCGGCGAUCUGGACUACAACGUGACCGAGGAGACGCUGCACAACACCUUCGCGAAGAAGUACCAGUCGAUUAUCUCCACUAAAUUAGUCGUAGACAUGUCUACUGGAUUAUCGAAAGGCUUCGCGUUCAUCAAAUUCUCCUCGUCAAAUGACCGGGACAAGGCCAUGAACGAGAUGCACGGCCAAUAUGUGGGCGAGCGGGCCAUUCGCGUCACUCUAGCUACUACAAGGGAAGAGCGAGAAAGGGAAGCGAAGAUGCGCGGCGAGCAGCAGUUCUACGAUCCCUCUCGCGUCCAUGCUCCUCGCGCGACCGAAGAAGGCGAGAACACGUGUGUCUUCGUCGGUGGUUUAGAUGAAAGCGUUUCUCCAGACAUGCUGCGGCACCACUUCGGGUUACUUGGUGAUAUUGCCUACAUUAGGAUCCCUCCGGGGCGAGGGUGCGGCUUUGUGGGGUUCGUGCAUCGCAAGAACGCGGAAGCUGCAAUCUCUACCUUACAGGGUUUGAGAAUUAACGGCUAUAAAGUAAGAUUGUCGUGGGGUUCCAUGAGGCAAGGGCCGAAGAACGCCAGAGUCGCGCAACAAGCUGCCGCUGCUCGCGCCGCGGCGCUGGCGGGCAAACCUUUAACAUCGCAAGCGAGGGAGCUCCUCGGCCAGACGGCCGGAGGCAUCUUGCCGAUGGUGACGCAGAUAAAAAAGGAGCGGAAAACGCCCUUCGGGACCCUCACGAACGACUACGUCGAGAAGCUACCUGAACCUAGACAACCGUGGCCGCCGCCUCCGUCAUCUGCAGCUCAAGCUGUGGUGCCGCCUCCUUUACCUCCCAAGAAGGCUACCGUAUCAGUACCUGUCUCGCCGUAUGUCGCUCAAUUGAAAGCACGAUAUGACGCCUACAACGCCGCCGGCGGGAAGCCUACCGUUGCCAAGGAGACUGAUACCGUGGAACGGGCGCCGGGCGCGGCCUUCUCACUCGCUUCGCGACGCUCUGAGAGACCAGCGAAAGCGCCUCGUUUACAAGGCGAUGUACUAGAUGAGGAGAACCGUCUCUAUGCGACGAACGUGCUCAAGCCCUCUCUCCUAUCUCUGAGUGCCGCCUUUUUAGCGGUACCACGACCUAAACCAGCCGUCGACGCGUCGGAUCCGGUGAAGGCGACGCCCAUGGAGACGUUCCUAGCUAAAGAAGCGAAGUAA